UCCGGGAGGGGAGGUAGGAGUCCCGCGCACUGACCGCCCACGUGUUGCGGCGUGCGGUGUGUAAGUAAGCGAGCGUGUGUGUGUCUGUGUGUAAAGUGUAAGUGUAAUGAGAUCCGGCUGCUUUAGUCCGCAAGCGCUUUCGCCGUGAACGCUGCUCCUGCGCGGGCAACGCACCGCUCAACGUGCGCGCUCAGACGCUUCAAUCGUCACCACCACCGCUACAAUACUAAAGAGGGAGUUACGGACUUGGGGCUGUUGUGAGACCGUGGUGGGUGGUGGAGAAGACGCACGGGGAGCCACGCCGCAUGCGCUCCCGCGUGAAGUCGGAGCGUGGGGGCAGAGGAACAGCGCACAAAGGGACGGCCAACGCCAAACAAGAAGACAAACAUCAGCGGCGGCGGGCUUGUGUCGCAUUGUUGCGCUAUUCUAGACUCUAGACGAGUGAGUCGUGAGCGGCAAGACCAGGAGAGAAGAGUUUCUGCUGCUGCUGCCGCCGCCGCCGGGCUGUGAGAAAGAAUCCGUGAGAGGAGGAGGAGUAGGCUGUGAUUCCGUGGCUCUGCCUGCGUGGGGGACCACUUGUUUUUAUUUCAAUUUUCUUUGUUAUUUUCUCGACUCUCUGUCGAGUGCCGAGGUAGCAGUGGCCGGGGGGGGGGGUUUAGGUUUCUCUUCCGAGAGGACGCGCGAGAAGCGCUGUCCCUCUCUGCGGAGAUCUUUGUGAGCGUUUGAAGACAAUCGUGGGGACUCGAACGUUCGAAGGAAGAAGCGACGCGACACCACAGCGGCAGGGCCAUCCAUUAUGCGGUCAGCCCUCUGCUGAGAUCUGACCCUGCAGGCCCCCUCUAUCAGCACGACAAAAGCGCACACAGGCCACGGGCGGGCGAGGGCGAGGAAGUUUGUGACAGCAGGGAAGGGAGCGCGGGUCCUUGCCGCGCGCCAGCGUGCAUCUGAUGGAGACGCCACAGCGCAGACCUUGAGAGCCCAGCGAGCCCCUGCCCCACACACACCACCGCCACCACCAAAAGCCACCUCGCCAGCUCAGCCCUCUCCAGCCAUGGCCUGCUGCCGUACUUCGAGCUCGUGUCAGCAGCUGCUGCUGCUGCUGCUGCUGCUCGCGUGCGCUGUUACGCUCGCCUCGUCUCGCCCGCCGGGACCGUCCAGCAGAGUCGCCGCGCCCACGGCCGCACUGCAGAGGCCGCCGCUGGCCACCGUGGAGCUGCUGCUACCAGUGGGCGAGGCCCUGCACCUGCGCUGCCCGGCCUCGCGCUACCGCUUCGAUCCUUCCGUCGGGUGGACGAAGGACGGCGCCGCGUUGGUCGCGUCCAACCGCACGCGCCUCUCGUCGCUCGAGCUGCACAUCUCCGAGCUGUCCCUCGACGAUUCGGGAGUCUACAGCUGCUCGACGUCCGGCCCGUCGGGCCCCGUGCGGGCCAACUUCACGGUCGUCGUCUCGGAAUCCCUUUCCUCGGGUGACGAUGAGGGAGGUGACGAUGGCUCGGAUGAAACGGCCAUGGACCCUGAUGAAGGGGCAAGCGCGCCCUACUGGACCCAUCCGGAGAAGAUGGAGAAGCGCCUGCACGCCGUGCCCGCCGGGAACACCGUGAAGUUCCGCUGCCCCGCCGCCGGCAUGCCGAUACCCUCCAUCGUGUGGUUCAAGAAUGGCAGGGAGUUCCACGGAGAGCACCGCAUCGGGGGCAUCCGGCUGAGGCACCAGCACUGGAGCCUGAUCAUGGAGAGCGUGGUGCCCUCGGACCACGGCAACUACACGUGCGUGGUGCGCAACCGCCACGGCACCGUCAACCACUCCUACCAGCUCGACGUCGUCGAGCGCUCGCCCCACCGGCCCAUCCUGCAGGCCGGCCUGCCGGCCAACCAGACGGCGGUCGUGGGCAGCAAUGUGGAGUUCCACUGCAAGGUGUACAGCGACGCGCAGCCGCACAUCCAGUGGCUCAAGCACGUGGAGGUGAACGGCAGCCGCUAUGGUCCCGACGGCUCGCCCUACGUGCAGAUCCUGAAGACGGCCGGAGUCAAUACCACAGACAAGGAGAUAGAGGUCCUCUAUUUACAGAAUGUAACAUUUGACGAUGCUGGGGAAUAUACUUGUUUGGCGGGUAAUUCCAUUGGGAUCUCUCACCACUCUGCAUGGCUGGUUGUCAUCCCAGCGGAGAGCACCGAGGUGAAGGUCGGCCUCGCUCCUCCAGAUUAUUUGGAAAUUGGCAUUUAUUGCACGGCCGGCUUGCUCGUACUCAUGAUGAUUGCCGUCGUGGUAUUUUGCCGAAUGCGGACGCCUAAGGCGCAGAAGCCGCCCUUCAAUGAGCCCAAGCUCUGCAAGCUCUCCAAGGGCAUCCCUCUCAAGAGACAGGUAUCGGUGGAGUCCAACGGCUCUAUGAACUCGAGCGUCCCGCUCGUGAUGCGAGGCGGCCGCUUCUCGUCGGGAGACUCCCCGACGCUGGCCGGGGUCUCCGAGUAUGAGCUGACCGAAGAUCCACGCUGGGAGUUCUCUCGGGAAUGGCUGACGCUCGGCAAGCCGCUGGGCGAGGGCUGCUUCGGACAGGUGGUGAUGGCCGAGGCGCUGGGCAUCGACAAGGAGAAGCCCAACCGCAGCCUCCGCGUUGCCGUCAAGAUGCUGAAGGAGGAUGCCACAGACAAGGACCUGUAUGACCUGGUGUCAGAAAUGGAGAUGAUGAAGAACAUUGGGAAGCACAAAAACAUCAUCAACCUGCUGGGCGCGUGCACGCAGGGCGGGCCCCUGUACGUGAUCGUGGAGUUUGCGGCGAAGGGGAACCUGCGCGAGUUCCUGCGCGCCCGCAGGCCGCCCGGCACGGAGUACACGUUCGAGGGCGCCGCCGCCGCGCAGGGCGAGCAGCUCUCCAUCAAGGAGUUGGUGUCGUUCACCUACCAGGUGGCGCGGGGCAUGGAGUACCUCGCCUCCAAGAAGUGCAUCCACCGAGACCUGGCGGCACGGAACGUGCUCGUGACGGACGACAACGUGAUGAAGAUCGCGGACUUUGGCCUCGCCCGUGACGUCAACUACAUUGACUACUACAAGAAGACGUCCAACGGCCGUCUGCCGGUGAAGUGGAUGGCGCCGGAGGCCUUGUUCGACCGCGUGUACACGCACCAGAGCGACGUGUGGUCGUUCGGGGUGCUACUGUGGGAGAUAUUCACGCUGGGGGGCUCUCCCUAUCCGGGCAUCCCCGUGGAGGAGCUCUUCAAACUCCUCAAGGAGGGACACCGCAUGGACAGGCCGGCCCUCUGCUCCACCGAGCUGUACAUGAUGAUGAAGGACUGCUGGGCAGCUGUCCCCUCGCACAGGCCCACGUUCAAGCAGCUGGUGGAAGACUUGGAUCGCAUCCUCACCAUGACCGCUCAGGAGGAAUACCUGGACUUGUCGGCCCCAUUGGAGCAGUACUCUCCGAGCUUCCCCGACACUCACAGCACCUGCUCUUCCGGCGACGACUCCGUGUUCUCCACCGAGCCCCUACCCGACGAGCCAAGCCCGCCUCCGUAUCUACCGCCCACCCUGGUGCCCACCCUGGCGCCCACCCUGGUGCCCACCCUGGCGCCCACCCUGGCGUCCUCUAUGCCAACCUCCCUGUCGCCCUCCCUGCAGCUUUCAACGUAACGGAGGCGCAGCAGCCAUGCCGCCGCCGCCGACCCAACUGUGUACAUACGGGACAUUGCUAGCGCCUUCAGCGAAGCGAGGUCGAGAGAGACGCUCGGAUAUGAAUGAGACGCUGGGAGAAUUUAUUCAAAGGGACUCGAUGAUCAGCUAUUGCAGGCAUUUGCGAGCGCUGCCUGCCGCGUUGUUGUUAUCGAAUCUCGGUGCGAGGGCCCCCGUACGACAAGCCAGCCCUCCCUGACCUUGAACGAGGCCCGCUGGGAAUCCGUGAAGGAUUUAAUGCUGGUGUGACAAGCGUCUCCGUUUAAUAACACUUGGCAGAGCGCCAGCCCAGAUGUAACUCCAAAAGCCGGCCCGUGGUUAAGUCGUCAACUUAGGUUCCUGCAGUCACUGCUUUGUUGAAGCAAUCGUGAGUGACAGCCGAAAAUCCUCCAAGCAGCGCUGUGCGAUCUUCUAGCCUUGAUGCCGGUCAGGCCUUAACGCGUUUCCCACCCCCGCUCAUCCGUGCGUUCGCCCCUCUCCUUUUAUCACCGUACGCAAAGGAUCUGUGCAUUGCGGGAUGCCUGUGUCGGACCCGAGUGGACGAGCAGAGGUGGCCUUACUUCCCGGUGAAGCUUCCAACUGCAUGACAACCUACGGGGGUGGGAUGGGGGGGGGCUCCCAAAAUUAUCUUCAAAGCGGUGCCUUGGGCUACGUUUAUACAGUUCAUUUGGUGGCCAGCGGGACUGAAUGUAUUUUCGUUGCCAAUUGAAUGGUGGCCUCAGGUAUGUUUCUUGUAACCCUCGGGGAGCCUGAGAAGCCAAUGCGACGGCACCCACACAGUCGCUUUUGGAGUUUGAAAAACUGCAAACGGGAGCCGUAAAGGAGCAGUUAUCGGCUCCCGUAGUGCAAACGCACCGUCGCCUGAACGCGUUUUGAGGCAAAGCAGUCGUCAGCUCUCGUGGGUUGAUUAUGCCUGUCCGCGGUUCUCAUAUCUCACAGCAAUAUACCAUACGGACUGGACUUGAAGUGAAACACCAAGAAAAUAUUUACGCAUUUUCAUUGCAGCCACCUUUGCUAUGGUCAGCAGCUGACGGGGGGCUCAAAAUUGGAUGCGGCGCCAUCGCUUGAUUGGCCCCGGCAUUAAAUAAUAAUGCAGGUCGCAUUAUAUUCCACUUCUUUGGAUAAAUCACCCCCGUAGAUGCCGCUAUAUUUUGAGAAACGACUCAACAUGCAGCCUACAUUGAACACAUUCUGUGUGGGUGGCCCAUCACACCUUAUGCCUCGUCAUCAGACUGAUUGGUGGUGGGGGCAGCCUGCUAUUGUUGUCUCUUCGUUAAUAUAUUUGCAAGUGACAACCCGUGGUCUGGGAGAAUGAAUGGUAAAUCGUCUGCCUCCAAAUGAGCUCCUUGGAAGAACCACCAAAGGAGCAUCUUGUUUCCAAUGGCAGUAAAAAACAAAGCAGCGCCACUCUGGUGUGCGAUUCACCUCGUGAGUGAGCAACAGACGGAGGGGAGAAACGAUGAGGCUUCUGUGAAAACAUGAGGAGGGGCGGAGGGGUGCUACUGCAAGCUUUGGAGAAAUUUCAUCCACCACAGCGGUUGUUGUUGGGCGUAGCGUCAGACUUCACUCAUUUGUACACGUUUGAUUCCUUGAAACAUGAAAUGGCUGAAUGUAGGUAAACUUGCAACACAAAUUUGAGAACUUAAAUGUCCGAACUACAGUAAUUUAUUUAUUUUUUAACAAAAAUAAAAACAUGCUAAAUUUGUAGCUUAAUUUAAACUUUAAUGACUGGUGUAAUUUGUAUUUGCCAGAUAUUUUAUCUUUUUUAAAAUGUAUUUUUGCAUUGCCUCGGUUUUCACGGUACAUCUGAAAUACCUUUUUAGUACUAAUGACACUAGAUAUGUACAUUUAAAAAAAAAAUAUUUAUCAUCUGAAUGAACACUCAACUUUGCGGACAUCUGUGCUCUCAAGACAGUGCCACUCGUGUGUGGCGCUGGAAAUAAGAUUAGUCAGAAGAAGAAGAAGAUAACAAGAUAACAGGGCACUGCAAAUGAGUUAGGACAAUGGAAAAGGCACACAUUUAUUCUGCAAGACUCAUGCCCUUUGGCCGAUUGUGAACCAGGAACACAAGCCAUUUGUGCGGACGCUCUCAGGGUUUCAACCUUAUCUGCCUUCCGGGAGCCGGGGUGUAACAAUAUUUACAUAUCGCUUUCGCCAUAAGAAAGCAGCAAGAGGUAAUACAACCCGCUUACAAAGUUAGGUACAAUUCAUUGGCGAUUCACGAUGACAUACAGCACAUUAUACUGUAUAUGGAUUUAAGAUGCAUUCGUACGUAUGGUUAUGUGUGUGUAUAAAUGUUUUAAAUGUUAGGCCAGUUUGCAUUCAUGAUGAAAUCUAACCACGAUUAAACGGUAAAGGAGGUUUUUUUUUACAGCAAACUGAAUACAUGUUUAACAAAUUGUAUUGUUUGAAAUUAACAGCUUUCAGUUUUGUAUUAUGCACAAUUACAGGCUUAUUGAUAAGUACUAAUACAACGCUGCUAGUGGUUGGUAUAUUUGACAUCUAAAGCGAGGCUUAAGAUUACACACGUAGCAGUAGAUGUAUAUUCACCAUGAUGGCACAGUUAAGGGGCUCCUGAAGUCUGAAUGCUAACCGUAUUAUUCCUCUUGUUAGUGAUUUGUAAAAUAAGAUUGUAACUCUGAUCGUGUCUAUAGUUUGUACAUUAGUUCGUGUGGACAUUCCAGUGCCUGCUGCCCCCAAACAGCGUGCCGAAAUAAGAAGUGACGUUGAGGAAGAAAAAUUGCAGGCUGAUCGGCGUUUUGUGUUCGUCCAUGCGCCUCUGCCCGCACACAUUGCGAAAAGAAGAUUGUGCUGCCCGUGGCUCUUUGGUGGACUUUUCAAGAGUGGUGCAAGCACGUGGACCUGAAAACUCACUCUCUGCAUAUAUGUACCAGUGACAAUUUUUAUAUGGAAUCCAGACAAGGCAAGCACGUGCGUUUUUAACAACUACUAUACUUUGAAUGGCAAUACUUUGGAGAUGGUGGCGCUUCCAAGACAAGCCUACAUGGGAUGUUCUGCAGGCUAUGGUUGGGUUUCCUUGUGAAUGUCCGUUUGCAGUGCCAAUACACCGAUCUCUUGCCAUUGUGCCUAAAGAGCAAAGCUGUACUUACACUUAAUACAAUAUUACGCAAGUUUGGUUAAUAUCAACGACCAAUUUUACUUUUAAUAAGAACUAUAUCUGAAUAUGUAUAUUGAAAUAAAUUUUUAAAUAAUAUUGGCUCUUAGAUACAAAGAGCAUACAUUUACAAUUUCCUGUGUAAGGCAGGGAUAUACUCUGUAACACUAUGGUUUAGAUUUGUACUGGAGCAUUCCUAUAUAUAAAAAAUAUAUAAAUAUAUUUACAUGUAAGUGUCUGCCUUCUAAAGAGCAAAGCAGUUAUUACAGUAUGGUUUAUGGCAGAAUUUACAACAAAGAUUUAUUAGAUUUAUUAACCUAAUUUAUUGAUAAAUUUUACAAAAUUGUUGGAUUUGGAAACAAUCUUGUAGUUAAUUCCUACUAAACGAAGGUGUAUAAUGUUUAUUGUUUUUCAAGUUUUAAAUGUUGCACAGGUUGGUUGCGUUCCUGCAUCCGUUGUCCAGGAGCUGUUAUGAUCCCCCACAGCAUUGUGGGUUUCCCGACAGCCCUUCGAGACCAUGAGGCCUCGCCAAAUAAAGUAAUUCUGUUCAACUGGGUACCGAGGUCUGCGCUGCCCCAGUUUGACUUUGUCCUCAAAUGCAGCAGCAUCUCCCCCAACAGAGAUGGCGGUUGCACACUGCCCCCCAAAACAUCGGGAAUUAAGCUGCGACCAAUUCCGAUUUUUUUUGGCGAAAUAAUUGUGUUUUUGCUUCGGCAUGUUCAGAGUAAAGUGGUUUGAAUAAUGAUCUCCGAACUGCUGUUAGCAUAUAAACCAUGCGAGCGUGAAGAAAAAAACUCGUGACCAUUAAGCCUGUGUGAUUUACUCACUCCUGCAUGGGAUCAACAACGCUUUUGUGCAUUUCAAAAAUAAAGUUAAGCCUGUCUACUCAU